UUAUAUAUUUUUAAUCAGAUAAUUGUGUGUAACGACCUUGAUGUACCUUAAUAUGUUUUCGUAUAGUUUUUAAAAAUUGUUUUUCUUCUUAAGUGAUAUUUUAAUUCAUAAGUAUAAUGCGUCCUAGAGUACGACGAAAAUAUUGGGAUGUACCUGGAAUUGGUUUUGCAACAUGUUUAUGUUUAGUGGCGGGUUGUGCAGCUGUUGCACUGGCACCGUGUGAUAAAUCACGUAGAAUAUUUACGGAUUCAUGGGGUGUUAUUACAGAUGGGCCAUCCGGCUCAAAUUAUACAGAGAAUUCACAUUGUGAAUGGCUGAUAAAAGCUAAUAAUAGUAAACAAUUUAUAACACUUAAUUUUCAUAAUAUGGGUACUGAGUGUUCGUAUGAUUAUGUGUUUGUGUACGAUGGUGAUUCGUUUAAGUCCCCGUUAUUGGGCAGCUUUAGUGGUAAAACUGAUCCACAACAAAUUUCAGCCACCUCGGGUUAUAUGCUGAUAUUACUCUACAGUGAUACAAAUUAUGCCCUACAUGGUUUUCGUGCUGAAUUCUCUGUAACGGAAUGCCCAAAUAAUUGUUCAACACAUGGCGUAUGUGUUGAUCAUAAAUGUUAUUGUUUCAAUAAUUGGGGUGGUACAGAUUGUUCGCGUGAAUUAUGUCCUGACGGUUGUGGUAGCGUCGAAAAUCGAGGCCACUGUAAUCAAACUCAUUGUAAGUGUAUAAAUGGUUAUUCAGGCCAAGCAUGCAGUUUACAUAAACAUGAUACAAAUGGUAAUAAAUGGCAUUGGUUAACACAAUCUGGCAUCGGUUUAUCACCAAGAGCUGCUCAUACCGCUGUUUAUAUAAAUUAUACUGAUUCACUGUAUGUGUUUGGUGGAUAUAAUUUGAAUAAAGUAUUAGAUUCGUUAGAAGUGUAUAAUUUUCACACAAGUCGUUGGGAAGAUGAAAAUGGAGAGCCGUUGCACGUACAUAAUUCUGAUUCAUCACAUCCAUCUGAUCCGUCAUCGAUAUCGGCUUUAUUUGAAAAAAUUCGUCCAGAAAAUGAACAAAAUUGGGGUGUUGUUGGUCGAAAUACUUUUUUUCGAUCGUUUAUAUAUUCAAUUAACAGUAAUUUAACAAAUAUAUUAGGACAACAACGAAAAUCACGGAGUAUACUUGAAGACGAUAUCCAACGUCCAGAAGCAAGAUAUGGUCAUGCAGCGUGUGCAAUUUUAAAUACUUUUGUCGUAUAUGGCGGUAAAUUAUCUAGUGGUAAUCUAUCAAAUGAAUUGUGGAUGUACAAUAUUUUAACGAAAAAAUGGGAGUUAAAAGCGGUUAAUUCAAAAUUACAACCUCCGGCAUUAACUCGACACACUUUAACAUUGGCAAAUGAUUACCUGUAUUUGUUUGGUGGAAGUACUUCAGAUGGAGAAUUUUCGUCCACACUUUUUAAAAUACGUGUUUUUAUCGAUCUAGAAACUAAUAAUGUUGAUAUUGAUGAAAAUUGGGAAAUUGUUUAUUCACGUGGUGGUAAAAAUUUGGAUAUACGUUUAGUGGCACAUUCAACUGUUUAUUAUGCUGCAACAAAUUCAUUAAUUGUCUAUGGUGGAGUAGCAGCGGGUGUAGCACGAUUUUCAAAAUUAUCAGACCGUAUGUUAACGUUUCAUAUUGAAAAUCGUCAUUGGAGUGAAUUACAUUACCCACGCGAACAUUUACGUGAACGAUAUGUGCCCAGGGAGAGAGCUUUUCAUACGGCAAAUAUUAUAGGAAAUUAUCUAAUCGUAUUUGGAGGAUAUUCACAUCGUCACAAUAAGGAAGAAAUAUGUUAUGACAAUCAAAUGUAUUUGUACCAUUUGGGAUGCCAUGCAUGGGUAAAUCCAGAUGUACUGGGACGUAACAAUGAUUCUCGUUAUCCCAAGAAACAAGGAAUGUUUGCGCAUGCUUCAAGUAUACGUGGUGGUAACACAUUAAUUCUUGUCGGUGGAUAUCAUGGUAAUGUAAAUGGUGAUUUAUUUGCAUAUGUUGUACCACCUAGUGUUGGUAAACGUGAGGGUAAAUCAGCCGAUUGGGAAGCAGCAUGCCCAAAACAUCGUAGCUAUGCUGAAUGUUCAGCUGAUCCUGAGUGUGGUUGGUGUUCAGCCGAUGAAUUAUGUUAUGGUCGUACGGUGGGUGCAAAUAAUUGUACCACAAAUUUACAAAGUACACGAUGUCCAGGCAUUUGUCCUGCAUUAGGUGAUUGUCAUUCAUGUUUGGUACAUGGGAAUCCAUUAUCUACUUUUGUAACACCGUUAUCCGUUGCUAAUAAAUUGGGAUUAAGUCACUGUACUUGGUGUGUACAGAACGCAAGGUGUCAUCAUAAAGAUGAUAAUUAUGGCGUUUGCGGAGUACGUGAAGAUACGUCAGCUCAAGUCCCCGGUUGGUGGGGUAUGAAAGGUACCGAAGUAAUAUACCCGGGACAAUGUCGUGAAUUAGACAAACGUCCCGGUUUAACAUUCUUAAAAUACUUAUAUCCAGCAAAUUGGUCACAACCAGAUUAUGUAGCAAUUAUAAAUGCAACCACAGUUGAUUUUAAUGUUGCAUCAAAAUCAGCAACACGAACAGAGUUAGCAUUAAACGGGGAAAUGGUUGCGAGAUUACGUGGAUUUUUACGGCCUCCAUUCCCAUAUCCAAUGAAUACAGAAGUAUUACGUAUAUGUGUCAGUUAUUCAAGUGCUAUAUUACGUUUAACGCAUGGUACUAAUACAUUUUCCACAAAUUUAACAGCCGAUUUAAGCAGUGGAAAUAUUUGUAAAAAUGAAUCAUGGCCAUCACAAAUACCCCUUGUGGAAAAAGAUCAACGUUUUGCUGUUGAUUUCGAAUCGCAUAAAUCUGGACCUUAUAGUACACAUCAACAAAGUAAAAUGGAAUUAAUGCAUUUUCAAGCACAAGAUACACCAAAAGUAUUUACAUUCGAGUAUUUAGAACCGUUUGCAUCGGAUGGCAGUACGUGCAAUCAAUACGAUAACUGUUUACAUUGUUUAACAGAUUCUUCUUGCGGAUGGUGUGAAUUAAAUAAUAAAUGUUUGUUGCGAAGUGAAAAUGAAACUGAAAGUUGUGCUGUGGACGGUGAUUGGCGAUAUUUAACAUUACAGCCAAGUUCUUGUGCGAAUUGUUCGAAUUAUAUUUCAUGUGAAAAAUGUAUAUCAUCGGGCUUAUGUGAAUGGUGGGCUGAAGAUGCAUUAUGUGCUCGAUUAGGACGUGCACCACGGGCUGUCAAAACUCUAGACGCAUGCCCAGUAGCCUGCCAUGCUCGCCAAACGUGUUCAGCUUGUUUAGACGAACGUGGUCGAUGUGUUUGGUGUGAAGCAACUCAGCAAUGUUUUAGUUUUUCCGUAUACACAAGUGAAUAUCAGUUCGGGCUAUGCAGAGAAUGGUUGGAUCAAUCAUUAUUAACUGUUUCACCAGACUCAUCAACAGGUGUGACAUCUCCCAGACCUGUUGAACAAUGCAAAUCGUGUUCACAUAAUUUAAAUUGCUCAACUUGUUUGAGAUCUUUAAGUUGUGGUUGGUGUUAUAGCCGUACAAACCCCAUUCAGGGUGCAUGUGUAUCUGGAGAUUUUAAUCAACCCUACACACAAUGUUCUGAGGUUUUAAAUACAGCCGAAGCAUUAUGGUCCUAUGCACAAUGUCCAGAUGUAGACGAAUGUCGAUUAGGCUUGCAUAACUGCCACCCAGAAGCUGAAUGUACAAAUACUCAUGGCUCGUACAGUUGCCAAUGUAAACGUGGUUUCUACGGUGAUGGUCAAUCUUCAUGUAUACGGACAUGUUACAACGUAUGUGUUCAUGGUAAAUGUUUAGGUGCUCCUGAUUAUACAUGUAAAUGUGAUCUAGGAUGGGAUGGGCCAGAUUGUUCGAUAAAUUGUGGAUGUAAUAAUCAUUCAACGUGUACUCAAGGUAUCGGUAAAUGUGAUGCCUGCCAAAAUUGGACAACAGGAGAAUUUUGCGAACAAUGUUUGCCAGGUAGUUAUGGUAAUGCAACCACAUCACAAGGAUGCCAUAGUUGUGAUUGUAAUGGGCACGGUAUUGCUGAUCUCGGAUAUUGUGAUUCAAUAACUGGUGUAUGUUAUUGUGAGGGAAAUACUGAAGGUGAUCGAUGUCAAAAGUGUAAAGAUAAGUAUUAUGGGGAUCCUCGUAAUGGAGGACAAUGUUAUUAUGAAUGCCACGCUCGUGGUAUGUUAAGCGGAAUUAAAAGUCAAGGUAUAGGGUCGCGACAGUCACAUAAACCGUUACGUGGUGAACCCACCCGUGAAUGUUUAUGGGUUGUUAGCCCUGACACGAAAAAAUCUACGAUCAUUCAAUUAAGUAUAAAUGCAAGCGAGUUGAAUGUUACAUGUGGCCGUAAUGCAAUUUAUGUGUAUGACGGUUUGCCUGAUUUGACUGGGAAUGUCAAUGGACAGCAAAAUCAAUUGGUAGGAGUAUUUUGUAGUCAAGAUGCUGAGCCACCGUUGUUAGUUGAAGGUCGAUCUGGUUACCUAACUGUACAUUAUAAACAAAGUACUCCAGAAGAAGGUUUUAGUGCUACAUAUGAAAUUUUGGUAUGCGAUGAAGAUUGUCCUGCUCCAAGAAUAUGUAAAAACGGACAAUGUGCAUGUCCGGAUGGAUUUAGGGGCUCAAAGUGUGAAAAAGAGCUGUGCGUGAAUAAUUGUAGCUCUGAACUGAGCCAAGGUACGUGUGAUUUAAGCUAUGGUCGAUGUUUGUGUAAUAAAGGGUGGGGUGGAGCCGAUUGCUCGGUGAAAUUAUCAAAUACCCAAUUAGUUUUUACCGAACUAUUCGAUACACAACGAUUAGCUGAUAAUUUAGAACAUUUACGUAAUGUUUUACCUCGUUUUGGACAUACGCUAGUUGCCGAUCGACGUGGUUCGUUAUGGAUGUUUGGCGGAUACUCCUUGUCCCAUGGACCAUUAAAUGAUUUGCGUUUGUUUGACACACGAAAUAUUACAUGGAUGCAAGUUACUGUAGAAUCGACACCCGACGCAAAAAUGCCUUUAGGGCGAUAUUUUCAUGCUGCAGAAAUUGUACCAUCUCAACAGUCCAUAUAUGUUUACGGUGGUUUAACUGGUCGUAAAUUGAACAACACAUUAAAUGAUUUUUGGCAGUUUAAUAUCCACAAUCAACGUUGGAGUGAAGUGGAUACGCCUGACGAUAAUAAACAAUGGCCACCAAAUUUGGCUGGACAUACCUUAACAUUAAAAUUGACUGACGAUGAAGAAAAAUUGAUUUUAAUUGGUGGAUUUUCACCGAAUAGUGGAUUUUUGGGUGAUAUUUGGGAAUGGGAUAUAAGUAAAGGUCAGUGGCUAUUAAUUGAAACACAAGGUGCCGUACCUGUAGGAUUGGCUGGGCAUAGUACUGUAUAUCAUAGUCCUUCCCAGACAUUUUUCGUUUUUGGUGGUUAUUCAUUUGAAAAUGGAGUUGUGGAAUUGUCCAAUAAUUUGUAUACGUUUCAUUAUCCAACAAAAGUGUGGAGUUUAUUAUUUAAUCCACCGUAUCAAAUGAUGCCUUUAAGAAGAUUUUUACAUUCAGCAGUAACAACAGAUGAUUUCAUGUUGGUUUUUGGUGGUCGAGCUAAGCCAAAUAUCAGUAACGAUAUAUUAUUAGCUUAUGUUUAUGCUUGUAAUUUAUGGGUUCGUCUUGUAUCACAUGAUGGAGAACAAGUUGGGCACGUCCCUCCAGCAACAUAUGCUCACGCAAUGACAUUAGACAUUGAAAAUAUGGCAGCUUACGUCGUAGGCGGAUGGGGUACUGGACAACAUUGUCAAGUCAGUCAAAUACAUUUACCAUCUGAUAUAUGUAGUUUAUGGAGUUAUCGUAAAUCAAAGUGUCUCGAACAUCCCGGAUGUGGAUUUUGUGGUAUAUAUUCAACAACUGGACAAAAUGUAACCAAAUGUCAUACAAAUAUUCAUGAAGAUGCUGAAAUAUGUAGUGAGUUUAUUGACGGUACAAAAACAAGUUUAUCGGGUAAAUCCUGCACUGCCGAUAUAGCAAAUCGUGAUUGUAGUCAAUUUCAAACAUGUACCACAUGUAUAGCGACAUGGUCCGUCUACGGAGACAUGUCAUCACAGUGUUAUUGGUGUGAUAAUAAAUGUAUUAGUACAAAAAAAGAAUGUAAAUUCUCUGACGUAAAUAUCACAAGUGUAAAUCAAUGUCCAGAACGCAAUUGUAUUGCCACCGAUUGCCAACACUGUCAACAGAUUGAAGGAUGUGUUUGGGCACAAAAAACACAUGCAAAUGAAAUCAAACAAUCAAUUUAUGGAAAUGUUGGUGGAGGUAAUAUUGAAUAUACUACCGAAUGGAGCUGUAUUCCAGAAGAUAAAAAAUCAUCACAGAAAAAAGAAUGUCCUCCACGUUGCGGUGACUAUACGACAUGUUAUACAUGUUUAAACGCUUCUAGUGGUGAAGGUGGCUUUGGAGAAUGCCAUUGGUCAAAUCAAUUAAUGGAAUGUAUAUCACCUAGUUAUCAACCCCUCUACUGUGUCGGGGGUGUUUGUGGAUUAGUAUUAAAUCCAAGUGAUAUUGAAUACUGCCCUGAGCCAUGUACAUCUUUUGAUAAAUGUUCAACAUGUUUACGACAUGCACACUGUGGUUGGUGUGCUCGACAAGGGGAAGAAGGAGAUGGUAUUUGUACAGAGGGUACAUUAGAUAGUUUAGUUGAGAACCCAGCGUUAUCUUCGUGUGAUGUUUUAUAUGCGAAUGUUAAACCGGAUGAGAAUAUAACAAAUGCUGAUUUCUCAUGGAAUUAUGUACAAUGUCCACCAGAAGAUGAAUGUGCCAAUGGACAUCAUACAUGUGAUCUAGUAUCUGAAGUUUGUGUGAAUUUAGAUGUUGGUUUUAAAUGUCAAUGUGCUGCAGGUUAUAAACGUAAUGGGACUGUGUGUGUACCAGUUUGUUCGCAAGGAUGUGUUCGAGGUGUGUGCACAGAACCAAAUAUAUGUAAAUGUGAUUUUGGAUAUGUAGGUGCCAAUUGUAGUAUACAGUGUCAAUGUAAUGGCCAUGCUAAUUGUGUUGGACCAGAUAAAUUAGAUAAGUGUUUAGAAUGUCAUAAUAAUACAAUGGGAUCACAAUGUGAAAAAUGUAAACCAUUAUUUGUUGGUGAUCCUAGUAAUGGUCGACAAUGUGUACCAUGCUUUGAUUAUUGUAAUGGACACACAAAUGUUUGUAUGGAUAUAAAUAGUACUCUUCCUGAUCCUCCAUCGAAUAUGUCUAUACCGGAAUUGGAAGCGUAUUUAAUAGAAGGACCAAAAACUCAAGCGAAAUGUGUUCGAUGUGCAAAUCGUACAAGUGGCAAUCAAUGUGAAGAUUGUGAAACUGGAACAUUUAGAGGUUCAGAUGAUCAUCGUGAUCCAUGCCGACCUUGCGAAUGCCAUGGCCACGGUGACACAUGUGACGCUAUAACUGGGGAAAAUUGUAAUUGUCAAAAUAAUACGGAGAGUGACAAUUUAGGUUGUCGAAAUCAAGCAAGUAAAAAUGCAGCUCAACAAUGUUGGAUGGUACAGUGUGCAAAAUGUCGUGAUACAUAUGUUGGUACGCCUACCGGAGGACAUCAAUGUUAUAAAACAAUGACUGCUGAUAAUAAAAUGUGUUUCGAUGCAAAACCAAUUGAUGAAUGUAAAAUGAAACCAAAACCAUUGAAUCCAGGCGAAACAGUUUUCUUUGCAGUACAACCACAUUUUAUGAAUGUUGAUAUACGAAUUAUUAUUGAUGUGACACAGGGAAGUUUGGAUUUGUUUUUAAGUCCGCAAUCGGAUACAUUCAUUGUCAAUUACAAUAACUCAAUGGGUAUGCAUCAAGUCGAGUUAGAUCCACGAUAUCGACGAAAAGGCGAAGAACAUUUUGUUGAACUAAUUGCCCAUGGUAAUAAUUCAUCAUUUGAUAAAAACAAUCAACCAGAUUUUCCAUGGAUCGAGCGUGAAAUUCGUGGAUUAAGUACCUACGUAACUAUUGAACGUCGUAAUACAAUGUUAGUUGUACGUGGUCUACGUGAUCGUUUAGUAUUAACACUUCCUCAACAUAAACAUGAAUUAAGUACAACUAAAUUUUAUUUAGUACUCCAAGCAUUGAAUGGUGAUCAUUCAGGCCGUGCCAGUUAUGGAAUGGUUUUUUUCCGACAAGAUCAAUUACAUAUUGAUUUGUUUGUAUUCUUUUCUGUGUUUUUCUCAUGUUUUUUCUUAUUUUUGGCCGCAUGUGUGGUUGCAUGGAAAGCAAAACAAGCUGCUGAUAUACGUCGAGCACGACGACGUCAUGUCGUUGAAAUGUUACAUAUGGCAAAACGUCCAUUUGCUUCUGUAUCAUUAAUCAUUGGUCCCCGUACACCGGUAGCGUUACGUCGCCUAAAAAGUAGAGGACGUGCGUCUUAUACAACAGUGGGUGAUGUACGUCCUGUUGCGAUUGAACCGACUGAAGAUAAUGUUGCUGCUGUUGCUACAGUGUUUAUAAAACUUCCAGGUGGGCGACAGGCUCCCGUCCGACUUGCUUUAGCCUCCUCGCUCAUCCUACUCGCCAGACAAUUCCCGCCUGGUGGACGAGCAUUCCUCAGACGACGUAGUGCUCAACAAGCGCUACCACCAUCCUAAACACAAGAUAUUUUAUAUAUUCUAUUUAUAUAUGUAUAUUAUUAAUUCAUUAAUUAUUAUUAUAAAUUUUAAAUGUGAGAUAUACCUGUUUUUAAAAAUAAUAUAUUUUAAAGGAAUAUUAUUGUACACCUUAGUACAAACGACAAAAAACAACAACAAAAAUCCAUGACAUGUUAUUUGUUUUAUACAUUUUUUUUUCACUUGAUUUGUUACGUAAAAAAACAUUUAAUAAAAUUUUAAAAGAUUGUUUCAAUAAUUUUUAUUACAUAA